UGAUAAAAUAUUACAUUUUUUUUCUUGCUUCACUCGAUGUAUCGCAAAGGCUGGAGGAUAGACGACGAGAGCGCAGUUCUUGACAUAACAUUAUUAGCUUGUGCGUCGGCGAGUGAGCUGGUUUUCGCGCCAAAUUCUGGAUAGCACGCAUUUUUUUCUAACAAAAUGACGACCGCAAGCAUGCUGCUCACUGUGGGCACAACAUUGGCAUCGAAAGAGCAAUGUGAUAAGGACGACCUAAUGUCAUGUAAAGUACGUAACACAGCUGCUGUGGAGUUGAGGGAGACGCCAGCUACCAGGGAACAAGCCUUACACAUAAUGCGAGAAUGGAUACAAAAGAACACUGAUAUCAAAAACGUUAGACAAGAUGACACGUUCUUACUACGUUUUCUACGACACAAGAAGUUCAGUAUACCGAUGGCUCAACAAACGCUACUAAAAUAUUUGAACCUCAGAAAGUUUUAUAGCGAUUGUAUGACAAACUUGGACUGCGAAGAAGCAAAUCUCAAGGAAAUUCUUAGUGAUGGGUACAUAGCUGUUUCCCCAGUUCGUGACAGCAAGGGUCGCCGGGUCAUCGUUUAUAACAUGAGUAAAUUCAACGCGAAUAAAUUCACUUGCUGGGACAUGGUGCGCGCCCAUUUGGUGGUCUAUGAGACCCUGAUGGAAGACUCCACGGACCAAGUACAAGGCUUCGUGCACGUGGGUGAUGGAAGUGGUUCCUCCAAGACACAUGUGACUGCCUGGAAUCCCGUGGACUUUGCGAGGCUCCUUAAAUGGGGAGAGCAAUCACUUCCGAUGCGCCACAAGGAACUGCAAUUGUUCAAUGUCCCUGCUGCUCUUAAGUACAUCAUCGACUUUGCUGCCACGAAGGUAUCACCCAAGAUCGGCAACAGAUUACAUCUACAUUCAAACGUGAAAAGCAUAUACAAGGAAGUCGACGUUGCUUGCAUCCCAAAGGAGUUCGGUGGCGACAUCCCCAUGCAAGAUAUGAUAGCCCACACAAAGAAAUUGCUCUUGGAAAAAAGGCAAGUGCUGCUGGACCUGGACAAGAUGGAAAUAUUGAGCACCAGAGGAAUAAUUUCCUCUAGGAAUUCCAGCAACAAUUUAAAGAACGGCAUGUCAUCGGUAGAAGGUAGCUUUAGGAAGUUGGAGAUCGACUAGUGAUCAGUUUUCUGUGGAGACUGCUAAGCAUUUAUGGAUAUAUUGUAAGUCAGUAAUACUCUUGCGUGGAUCGUUUGAUGUUUAGGUAUAUGAAUAGGUUAUAAUUAUGGAACGUAAAUAGAUAUAUUUCGCUGUUUGAUGAAAAUAUACCCCAUCACUUUGUUAAUAGGUAGCUAUAUUAUCUACUUGAAAUUAUUGUACAAAAUUGUAUUUCUUUACCCAAUCUAUAUAUAAAAAAUAUUUUAUGAACCUCUUAAUCGUAUAGCUAUUAUUGUAAUAAUUUGCAAUGGACAAUGGGGUUCAUGAUAAUAAUGAAAAUAUGAAGUUAAUUGACAGUAAUUGUGUUUAAGAAGAAAUAAUUAUAGCAGUUAUUAGUUAUUGUUCAGGAAAUGAAUGAAAAUUGUUGAUGAGAGCUUAAUUUGUGAUUAUUAACCACACUUCUACUAUACCCAUUUAAGUUUAUGGGUGAAUAUAAAUACUAUGGUGAAAUACGUUUCUUUUAUACUCUACCAGUUUUAUUCUAAAUCGAACGAUUCCACAUUUCCAAAACUUAGAGUCCAGUCUUGAAUUCGGUUGGGGUCACUUACGUUACUGCUCGUAUUGUUUUAACAAUAGGAAGGGUUUGAUAAUUGAUUAUAUGGUAUUCCGUCUUCGGAUGAAUCAUGAUUUUCGUGCAAAUUAAUUAAGUUUAACUAUAAUGUAUGUUUGUGGAUUUAUUAUAAAUUAUAAAUAAAAGCUUCUUACGUUAUGCUGCGCUGUUAUGGCGAUUAGUUUAAGAUUUAAUGUAAAUUGUAAUGUGAUAUCAAUAAAUCAUUGUAAUGAUAA